GUCUAUAUUUAUUUAGUUCGAUUCGAUGGAUGGAUAAAUCCAAGGCGUUGUUGGAUCUAACAAUAAUAAUUCCUUGAUGAUUUCAGGUCUUGAUCCAUCUGAAACGCUGAUCCUAAUUUGUUUCCUUUUUUUUUUGGAAGUACCGUAGCUUGAUAAUGCCGAAGAAGCCCACGCAGCUUACACAGAUCUGUAUCGACAAUUCUGGGGAAAUGAUGGAUAUUAAUAAAGCCGGUUCUUGCAUUUAGGGCUCAAAUUAAGGCUGUUGAAACGUAUUGCAAAGCUAUAUUUCAGGAUAAUCCAAACCAUUUGGUGGGCUUAUACGGAAUGAGUUCAAAACAGUUUGGAAUUCUGCAUACUCCCACUAAUGAUAUCAAACAAGUCCGAGAAUGCCUUGAAGGUAUAGAAUGUUACGGCAAGGCGGAUUUUGAUAAUACGCUUGUGUUGGCAGCGGGUCAUCUUUUGAAUAGGCCCCCAAAUAUGAAUAACAGUUUGCUUUUCUUUGUUGCAAGUCCUACACAUAUAGUUUCUACAUUGGUGAGCCACUAUGGAGAUUUAUUUAAAAAGCACGGUGUAGCCGUAAAUAUUGUCAACCUCUUUGUAUUGGAAGAUGACGUCCUAUCUAAGAUGAAGGGGCGCAGGGGCUUGCAAUUAGAGCUUGGUCGGUUCAAGUAUGGGAGGAGGGAGCUUGGUAUCUUCGUUGCUCAUGCCAAUAAUGAUGGAAACAGCCAAGUACUAGACGUUAAAGAUCCACAUUCUGUUUUUGAUGUCAUAUCCAAUUCUAUACUAAAAAAGGUUCUUUACCUUAAGGAGAAACAUCAGAAAGAUGCCGCAGAGAAUGUUGAUGUUAUACAGCAGUUGGAACCGUCUCACAAGGAGAGUGUUAAUGUUAAAGCGCCCGGAAUCCAAAGUUUUAAAAAGGUGGGCCAAUGUCACAAUGAGAAGAAUAAAGGCACUGCAGAUGAUGAAAUUGUUUAACCACGGGGAAUCAAACAGUACCCAAUAAAAAAGACUCUCCCUUUCACUGAGAAGAAAGUUCAGCACAAUCCAAAAGCGAAUGUUAAUGUCAAAACAAGAAGCGGAACUCUCUUGUGAUGAGAAGUCUCAAGCCAACAUUCUCCCUUGUGAUAGAUAUGAAGCUUGGAGAGAAUGUAUAGGUGAAGUUGGAAGCCGCCUGAUGCAUGCCUGUUGCAUAAUUGUUUCCGUGUACCUGCUUUGUGUAUGUUUAUUUGCAAAACAAAACCAUCGUAUGAAUUGAUGUGUUAUCAUCAUGAAUCUGUGAACUUGCCACAAGUGUUUGAAUGACUUAUUUAUGCAUUAC